UUGGCGGCCGCGGCCUCUGGGAGCGGGCUGGACACCUCCUCGCUGGCGGGGCUUCCCUUAGCGCUGGCGAAGGCGGGGCCGCAGUCCCGACGGCCGCAGCGUAUGGGCCGGCGGCGGGACAGGUGCCAGGAGCGAGGGACGUAGAGACCUGGUGAUGCUUGGCCUCUAAAGAAUGACCAUGAAGAAGUUGCUUGGAAACUGAACACAUGUGGGACUUGACAAUUUUGGGAUUUUCUGUGGGCCAUGCCGGGCCAUUUUGUAGGGAAUACCUGUAUCUUUAUGGAUUUUCUUGUGUACUAAGCAGGUUCUCCAGAGAAGAACCUUUCAGUCUUCUACUUGAAUGGCUGCAUCCAGAUAUCAUUAUGCAUCAGAAAAAUGAAAAAACACAGGAAAAUUCUAUGGAGGAAAAAAAUCCACUUAGCCUUUUCUGAGAAGUGGAAUACUGGGUUUGGAGGCUUUAAGAAGUUUUAUUUGCAGCAACACUUAUGCAUACUGAAAGCUAAGUUGGGAAGGCCAGUUAAUAGGAAUAGACAUUUGAGGCAUUUCCAGUGUAGAAAGAAGGCCCUUCAAAUCCAGAAAACGUGGAUACAGGAUGAACAUUUUUCUACUAAGACCAAGUCCAAUGUGGCAACUCAAAACGUUAGUACUUUGUCCUCAAAAGUGAAAAGAAAGGACAGUAAACACUUUAUUUCAUCCUCAAGCACUCUCCUGAAACUCCAAGCAGAGAAGUUGCUGUCAUCAGCAAAGAACUCUGACCAUGAAUACUGUGGGGAGACAAGUCUCUUGAAGGUGGUUGCUGACUUACCAGCAAAUAGUGUUUUAGGUCAGGCCAGUGGUCAAAGACCUAGGACAGAGCCACAAGCUUCUGAUUUUCCCAUGAAGUUCAAUGGGGAGAGCCAAAAUCCAGGUGAGAGCAGCACGAUUGUGGUCACCUUGAGCAACCAUAAGAGAAAGCGCUUUUGUUACGGUUGCUACCAGGGUCUGGAGCACCACAGGAAUGGGGGACCCAUGAGUCGAAAAACGUUCCAACUUAACCAACAUAGAAGGAUAAAAGUGUCUCCUCUGAUGAUGUAUGAGAAAUUAUCCAUGAUUAGAUUUCGAUACAGGAUUCUCAGAUCCCAGCACUUCAGAACAAAAAGCAAAAUUUGCAAACUAAGAAAAGUCCAGCGAAGCUGGGUGCAGAAGGUCACUGGGGACCAUCAAGAGACCCUUAGGAGGAACGGUGAGGGCGGCAGUUGCAGCCCAUUCCCUUCCCCAGAACCUAAAGACCCUUCUUAUCGGCAUCAGCCGUACUUUCCGGAAAUGGACAGCAAUGCUGUGGUGAAGGGAAAGAACUCUCAUGUGCCUGAUGGCCACACUAAAGGAAGCCCUUUCUUGGGCAAAGAGCUUAGUUUAGAUGAAGCAUUCCCUGACCAACAGAAUGGCAGUGCCACAUAUACCUGGGACCAGUCACCCUGUUCCUCUCCUAAGUGGGAGUGUACAGAGCUGAUUCAUGACAUCCCCUUAUCAGAACAUCAUUCUGGUAAUGUAUUCAUCUCAGAAACCAAAAGAGAAAUUGUGACUCUGGGUCAGGAAAAUUGGACAAAUGCUGUCACUGAUGACAGAGUGAAACUGUCAGUGUCUGGAGGAGAUAAAUCUGUAAGUAGUAUAGAUGGGCCUGUGUCUGAAGAGACUGUUCAAAAUGAGAACUCAUACCAGAUGGAGGAAAACGGAUCUCUCAAGCAGAACAUUCUCAGUUCUAAGUUGCUGGACCAUCCUUACUGUAAAAGUCCACUGGAGGCUCCUCUGGUGUACAGUGGACUCAAACUAGAAAAUCAAGUGGGAGGUGGGAAGAAUAGUCAAAAAACAUCUGCAGUGGAUGAUGAACAGCUGUCAGUUUGUCUUUCUGGCUUCCUAGAUGAAGUUAUGAAGAAGUAUGGCAGUUUGGUCCCACUCAGUGAAAAAGACGUCCUUGGAAGAUUAAAAGAUGUGUUUAAUGAAGACUUUUCUAAUAGAAAAUCGUUUAUCAAUAGGGAAAUAACAAACUAUCGGGCCAGACAUCAAAAAUGCAACUUCCGCAUCUUCUACAAUAAGCACAUGCUGGAUAUGGAUGAUCUGGUGACCCUGGAUGGUCAGAACUGGCUAAAUGACCAGGUCAUUAAUAUGUAUGGCGAGCUGAUAAUGGAUGCAGUCCCAGACAAAGUUCACUUCUUCAACAGCUUUUUUCAUAGACAGCUGGUAACCAAAGGAUAUAAUGGAGUAAAAAGAUGGACUAAAAAGGUGGAUUUGUUUAAAAAGAGUCUUCUGUUGAUUCCUAUUCACCUGGAAGUCCACUGGUCUCUCAUUACUGUGACACUCUCUAAUCGAAUUAUUUCAUUUUAUGAUUCCCAAGGCAUUCAUUUUAAGUUUUGUGUAGAGAACAUAAGAAAGUAUUUGCUGACUGAAGCCAGAGAAAAAAAUAGACCUGAAUUUCUUCAGGGUUGGCAGACUGCUGUAACGAAGUGUAUUCCACAACAGAAAAAUGACAGUGACUGUGGAGUCUUUGUGCUCCAGUACUGCAAGUGCCUCGCCUUAGAGCAGCCUUUCCAGUUUUCACAAGAAGACAUGCCCCGAGUACGGAAGAGGAUUUACAAGGAGCUGUGUGAGUGCCGCCUCAUGGACUGAAACUCAGCGGGGACUCUGGGAAGUCUGACCAAGUUGGAGCAGAUGGUUUGUUACUUGAAUCUCCAAAUGCUUAUUUGAAUUUUUACAGAUAUUUCAGAUCAGUGGUGUUGGGCCACUAUUAUUACCUCAGAUUUACUUUUUGCCCUUAUCCAUUUCUCCAGCUACCAUGUACUAUUUUUUAAUGUUCAGUUUGGUUUCAUUUUUAACUUUAUGGAUUCUGUGUGUCCACCCCAUAUUUAAUAUUUAUUAUUCAAGUGCAUGCAUAUAGACAGCAUGCAGUGAAGAGUAUGAAAAAAAAAAAGCUUAGUAGAUUUGGUGCGGCUUUUGAAACUUAGUUAGAUGUGAACUGAACACAGGUUUAAAAUUUACUCCCAGAACCUAAUAAAAAUGCAAGAUGUGUUUGGUACAUUACUCUGAGAAUAGUAAAUGUUCCCUGGGGCCUAAAGUGUAGCUAGGAGUGGUUUUGACAAAGCCAGUCCUGUUGUACUUUUAUCGGCAGCACCUUUCACUGGAUUCCCUCUCCAAGUGAGUCUUAGAGAGUGAGAGGCAUUCCUUUUGAAGAGAGAGAUGGAAGUAAACUGACUGGUGUGUUCUGUUUACGGAGGCACACUUGAAAGCAUAGUGCCUGCUUUGGGAAGAGUUGAUUAAGUUAUGAGUAAAAAACCCAGCAGCCUUGGGGGCCAGUUACCUUAACAAAUGAGACUUCAAUCUUGGUUUUAAGAAUUAUAGUACAUGCCCUACAUCUUAUGAAGGCUUUUGCUAGGACAUUGAAUUCCCUGGGUUUUUCUGUUUUUGAUCUGUUAAAAAAAACUUAACAUCCCUCAAACCUGGGGUCAAACAAAUGAGUUCAGCCUUUCUAGGGGUAAUUUGCAAAUGGUCACUUCCCUUUUGUUGCCUACCAUAUGAAAGAUUUACCAAAUACUUUUCUAUUUCAGGGGUGUUUAAAAUAUAAACAUUCAAAAUCAAAGACUGACUUCAGGUCUUUUGCAGGUGAGUGAGGAGAAGAGGGAAGGUAGUAAAGACAACUUGAUUCUAUGAGAGUGCAGCAAAUGUACUAGAGGUUUAUCUUUAGUGAUCUUAGCAACAUGCAGGGCUCAUUUGGCUUUUUUGUCACCAGUCUUGAAACUCUAGCACAGGAGUUCUUUUUCCUCUUCUGUUGAACCUCAUCUUCUGGGGAAAGGCUGAAGUGGACCUGUCUUUGCACUUAGCUGCAUUAGGAGUAAAGUACUGGAUCUAUCUUUAGUCUGGCCUUUUAGGACAUAUUUGAAAGGAAAGGAAAUAAAAUGCAUAUUAAACCUACCCAAUUAUCUUUUCUGAACCUGGGGCAAAAAACAACAAAUAUAUAUGUAAGAAACUCAGAAGCUUGUACAGAAAAAUAUCAAGUAAAUGGCAGAAGAUACCUGAAUUUAUACCUGGUUAGGUGUGGGGUGUUGAAAAGAAAGAGCUAAAAUGUUUAAGUUGGCUAUAGGGUAUGACUGAGAGGGCUGACUGCCAACAGUUUAAGGUUGAGUCAGACCAUGUUUACAUGCAGGGUUCCCAGCACCAGUGUGGACACGGGGAAGUAGCCCCAGCACUUUCCUCUCCCAAGUCCUUUAGACUCAGACUCCUUAGUAUAGAACCAGGUCAGUAUUUCUUAUUGUGCUUCAAGUCAUUAAAAAGACUGAGAGUAGAGGCACUUUAUGCUGCUACAGAUAGGGUUGUGUCAGCAUUAGGAAAGAUGACACUUUAAAGUGGGAAAGAUUCUUGAGAUUUUUAAGACAUGAUAUAUAAACAUGAGGUUUUUCAAAAUUUGUAUGUGAGACAUUUGCCUCUGAUUUUUUGUUUUGGGCUUUACCAAAGUAGCCAGUAACUAGGCUGUCAAUUUGAAAUGUCUUGUACUUCAGAGUGAGGAAGUAUCUCACUUGCUCACUGACAGAACCAGGCAUACAGAAGAGACAGAAUUAUGUUCCUGUAAGGAACUUAAUUAACACCCAGAGCUUGAGUUGCCAUUUCCUCCAAUUGGAGAAGUGGUUAUCUUGUCAGCACUUGAGGUGUGCAGGGAUAAGCAUAGAGACCCUUAGGUGAGAUGUCCAAGUCCAGUGACUCACUUCCAGCUUAAUGGGCACCUUGAAGUGCACUGCCUCGCUUGGUUUAGCCUAAAUGAAUAUUUUAAGUCUGUUUUUUAAAAUGUUUGUCAUUCAUGAAACUUGGUUUCAGCACACAUAGUUGCUUUUCCCUCUCUUCUCGUGAUUUGGUGUAAACCUCUGUUUAGCUCAAGUCCUAGAUUAAAAUGUCCUUUGUCCUGA